AUGCCACUCAAUUUCGAGGCUUUCCAGUCGAGCGGUCUGCGCACAAACUCCUUUCGACAAUUAUCAACGAAUGCACCAAAGUUGUCUCGCACUACAAGCGCAACGGCCCAGAUACCAGACAAGGCUGCUGCAUCCUUAUACACUCAGCAAGACUCCAAUGCCAUCGAUUUUGACGACCCCGAGACCGCCGACUGGCCAGCUUAG